AUGGCUUCCAACGGCUCUCCAUUUGAAGAGGAUAGCCAUAAUGAAGAAAGAGAAAAAAAAUGGGGAAAAGGAAAAGGAAAACAAAGACAUAAAUUUACUAACGAAGAAUUGAACUUCCUUAAAGAAAAAUUUGAAGAGGACCCUUACCCUGAUUUUACAACCAGAGAAGAACUGGCCGGAAAAGUCCGUUGCCAUGUGUCUGUAAUUGAUAACUGGUUCCAGAACAAAAGAGCCCGUCUACCACCUAGAGAGAGACACAGAAUAUUUGCUGCCAGGAAACGACAUGAGCCCCCUGUCCAAGGUCACUCACUUCCAAGACUCCUGAAUGUCCAGGCUGAAGCCCCAAAAUACAUCACUGAGCAGAGCUUCUGCUGUGCUCAGGGGUAUCUGCUGGAUGGAGCUGGCAGCUCCUUUCUGAAGAAACAGUGGCUUCCCUUUCAACAGGUGGAUUCAGGUGGCUCUGGGAUCCAGGGCAUUGAAAAGGAACCAGGCUAUGCUUUGAAUUAUCAAGGUGAUACAGGAAAAGGACCUUCUCCUGCCUAUCCUUUUCCAAGCUACGGUUCAGCAGUCUAUACUCAGCCUUCUACAUCUUCCAUGAAUUAUUUUGACAAGGACCCUGGGGCAGGGAGAAGUCAGCACGCAAGUCCUUUCCUUUUGAACUCUGUUCCUAAUGUGCAUGGAAUGAGGAAGCAGCAGGAGGAGCAGAAUAUGGCCCAUUGUCAUUACUCACUGUUGCAAGGACAGCAGCAGAAUGGUUGGGGUUGUCAUCUGCAGCAGCAUCAACAGCCUCAGAAUUUUCAAGAGAAGCCACUGUUCCAGGAACAGCUUCUGAAGCACCUGGGGCAUGGGAAUCCAGGGCAAGGAUUUCCUUCCCUUCAGUUGCAACAGCAGAAUCAGUAUCCUCAAAAUAAUGGACAGCUCCUGUGCUCUCAACCACAGCAGGCGACUCCCCAAAGAGUGGUUGGGUCAGCACUGUUGCCCUUGGGGCAAGAUUUUCAGCAAGGGGUUGCAGAGCAAUCCAGGGUCCAAAUGCAGCAACAAUGGGAUGAGGGGUCCUCUCUGCUCCAAUGGUCUGCACCUCAAGGACCAGAAAAGUAACUUCAGAAAAUGAGGCUUGGGUUGAGAGAGCAACUAUAAGCCAAAGAUCUUUU